GCCCAUUUGGCAUUGGCAAGUGGCAACAAAGGGCGAGCGAGUUAAUCUCAUCUUCCUCUCUUCACACUCCCCGCCUCAUUGGUUUCAUCGUCGUUCCCUUUCUCACUCGCCACCUCCAUCUUCUCCGACGGAGAUUCCUAAGCUCUCUCUUCUCUUCCUUCACAACAACCCCCUUCAUUUCCCUCCGCCUGAACCAGAUUCGCUUCUUCCCAGCUGAUACCCAAUGGCUUCCUCGCUGGCUUCAGCUUCAGCACCUUCUGCAGUCGCCAAACCUCCCUGCACUUCUCUGCCUCGCCGCGGUUUCAACUUCAAGACCUCUCAUUGUGCUCUCUCUUUUCGGCUACCCCACAAGCCUAAACUCCGAAUCUUCACCAGGGGUGUGCAGUCUGUUCGUAAGCAUUCAACUCUCGUUCAGGCACAAUUGAAUGAGUCGUCUGUUUCACUGAAGGAACCUGUUGAUGUACCUACUGCUGCUAAGGCUACAUCUGGAUCUGAUGUUUUGGCAUCGGAUGGAGGUGCCAAACCAUCGAGUGAUCAAGCUUCUAAAAUUUUGGCAACAGAAGAGUCAAUCUCUGAGUUCAUUACUCAAGUUUCAAGCCUUGUCAAACUGGUUGAUUCCAGAGAUAUUGUAGAGUUGCAAUUGAAACAGCUCGACUGUGAAGUGGUAAUCCGAAAAAAGGAGGCCUUACCACAGCCACCGCCUCCUGCUACCGUUCCUAUGAUGUAUGCACCCCCACCUUCAGUAGCACAGUCAGCUUCUCCCCCUAUGCCUGCUGCACUACCAGCGCAUACUUCUCCUGUUUCAAGCCCACCAUCUUCACCUCCUGCUGCCAAGUCGGCCAAGUCCUCCCUUCCACCUCUUAAAUGUCCUAUGGCAGGCACAUUCUACCGUAGUCCAGGACCUGGAGAACCACCAUUUGUGAAGGUUGGAGAUAAAGUUCAGAAGGGACAAAUCUUAUGCAUCAUUGAGGCCAUGAAAUUAAUGAACGAAAUAGAAGCUGAUCAAUCAGGGACCAUAGUCGAGGUUCUUGCAGAGGAUGCGAAGCCCGUCAGCGUUGACACGCCUUUGUUUGUCAUUCAACCUUAAACGAAUUCUGUUUCGAUUACACGUGACAAGUUAAGCAGAUGUGAUUAAGCUGAGUAUGGGAAGCAAAUUGAGUUUCCAAGGUUGUGGGUUAGUUAUGGUAGUGUCUUUUUUAUCCCAUUUUCUUUCUUUUUCCUUUUUAAUUGAGUGUAGUCAGAGAGAGAUUGUGUUGAUAAAUGUCAAUUCCUUUUUCCAGUUUUUGUGGGAACUUUCAACUUUCUUUGUGAUAUCUGAUAUAUAUCUAUUUUUUAUCCUUUAAUAAACUGCUUAUUUGGUGCCUUCUUUGACUUGAUGAAAUGAAAGGCAGUUCAUCAAUCAUUGAAUGGUAAGUAAACAAUCUAUUUCAUGAUCCCUAAUUGUAAUCACACAAAUUGAAGGU